AUAACAGAUGUUAACAGACAAAGUUAAAAUACCGCACAGGCCUUCUUCUCCUCUGCAGUGGGUUAAAAGCUGUACUGUGUGUAUCUAGCCUGGGAUCAGUAUGUACUAGACCAGAGGGUGGUAACCUCUUUGCAGAUGUGCCGCCUGCUUUGACAGCGGGCCAUCAGACUGAUCACACAUGCGCUCUGUCUCCCCCUACAGGUGCCUCUGAGGCUCAUAGAGAGUGUGGAGAGCAGAGAUAUGUUCCAGCUGCACAUCAUCUGCAAAGACUCCAAAGUUGUCAGAUGCCACUUUGCAACGUUCAAGCAAUGCCAGGAGUGGGUCAAGCGUCUGAACCGGGCCAUCGCUCACCCGUCCCGACUGGAGGACCUGUUCGCCCUGGCCUAUCAUGCCUGGUGUCUGGGAGGCAGCGCUGAUGAUGAAGACCAGCACGUUCAUCUCUGUCGCCCAGGUGAUCACGUGCGUCAGAGAAUGGAGAUGGAGGUGAAGAGGAUGAGCUUUGACACACAGAACGUCUGGAGAGUGUCGGACAUAAACUGCAACUUCAA